ACCCGUUUGAUCUCGAGGCGCAGGCCAAGAUCGAAGAAGACAUAAGGCAACAAAACAUUGAAGAAAACAUGACGAUAGCGAUGGAAGAGGCCCCCGAGAGUUUUGGCCAGGUGGUGAUGCUGUAUAUUAACUGCAAAGUCAACGGACAUCCAGUGAAAGCCUUUGUUGACUCAGGUGCCCAGAUGACCAUCAUGAGCCAAGCUUGUGCUGAAAGGUGCAACAUCAUGAGGCUGGUAGAUCGGCGAUGGGCUGGCAUCGCUAAAGGUGUCGGGACGCAGAAAAUAAUUGGUAGAGUGCACUUAGCUCAGGUCCAGAUCGAAGGGGAUUUCCUGGCAUGCUCCUUCUCCAUCCUUGAGGAGCAGCCCAUGGACAUGCUUCUAGGGCUGGAUAUGCUCAAGAGGCAUCAGUGUUCGAUUGAUCUCAAGAAGAAUGUACUCGUGAUUGGCACGACUGGCUCGCAGACCACUUUCCUCCCGGAGGAACGUCAGAAGCCUUGAUGCAUGUAGUGUGUGUUUACUGCAGCUGGAGUGGGCCACAGACCAGAGAAUAGUGACAAAGAAACUACCUCACUGGAAAUGCCCUCAUUACCAGCUUCUGAUGGGUUUCAAAAUCCAGUCCAGUCUUCAGGACUAAAUUCCAAGAUCUGUAAUCCCACAAAUCAAUUACUUGAUCAUUCUGUCUCUGCCCCUGCUUCCGUUUGCUCAUCCAAAUCUAGCCUCGCAGAGCCCAUUGAUCCUAGAGCUGUCAAGUCCUUUGAGUCUUCAACCGAAUGCCAGGUAACCCCAGAAGAAGAACAUCCUCUACAGCAUCUUUCCAACAAUGCUUCCGUGGCAAAUAAUGACCCUUCUCCCCAGACGGGGGAGUCUAAAAGCAUUAGUGAAAUUCCUGCAAAUAAUGAGUUGUCUAAUUUGGCAGCUGAAGACAGCUCUUCCCCCUCCAGCAUCCACCAGCUGGACACGGAUCCAGGAAGACCUUCAGAAGAGCCAUGUCCAUCUCUAGCAUCAGCCUUGAAAGAGCUUCACAAACUCUUGAUUAUCAGUCGGAAAGGAGAAUGUAAAAUCUCUGCAUCUGAAGAAGUCUCUCAGCUGGAAAUGGUUUGCAAAGAUCCAGCGGCGCACCAGAAGAGGCUUUCUGAAGAUGAGCAGAAAGGCUCAGAUCCAGCCAGCCAGGAACGGAGUUGUUCCUUCUGCGAGGGUCCGUGGCUGUUGGGUGGCUGUGAGGAACCACCAGCUGCCUACACCGGACUUGCCUCGGGUGCUUCUCCACCUGCUUUCCCUGCGGCUGACCUCGAUCGGAUCCUCGGCGCUGGUUUUACCACGCAGGAAGCUCUUGAGGCUUUGCGACAAGCGGAUGGAAACGCAGAUCUCGCUCUCCUCAUUUUGCUAGCCAAGGGUAUCGUUGUUCCUAGUAACUACGGAAGAG